AGAGAGAGAGAGAGGGAGAGAGAAAUAUUGGGAGAACACGAGGUGGCAAAACCGGUAGAUAGCGGACAAAAGUAUUUCGUCGAACUCUGCAGUUGAAAUCGUAUUACAGGAAGAUUUUUCACUGUCUACGUGCAAUCAUUGCGCUAGAAAUGGUGGUUCUUCAUAAAUUUGUUGUAAUAAUAUUGGCCAGUGUAAUAAAGAGAGGUAUUAAUGGGUGAAACGUCCACAUGACAAGGCUCUACAGAACGUGAAAUGGAGGAAAUGAUCAAUGGUCAGUUAACCAACCGGAUUAUCUUCGGCUGGCUGGAAUUGUCGAUGCACCGAACGAAAAUAACGCGAACACAGCGUUGAUUUGUUGACUGAAUAGGUUACAGACGGCAAGAUGAAUCAGUACGUAAAAUGCUUAGAGGUGUAUAUGAACCAUGAAUGGGACUCUAAACGAGCCAAAUAAUUAUAAAAACAUUCAAUCAUCGUAAUUACCAUAUUAAUAACCAAGUUAUAAACAUACUGGCACUUGUCACGUGGUUUUAUUUUCUUUGUGACGUCACGGUGGACUCUAGUUUGAAUUUCUUACCGCAAACGCGAAAUACAAAAUCUAACACUAAAAUGGGGAAAACGAGAGGGGUACACGAAACUACUCCAGAAUUAAGAAACCGAAUGGUUGGUAUGUACGAAGCUGGCUUGGGCCUUCGAGAAAUAGCUGCAGCCGUCAACUGCUCUCAACGCACUGUCAAGAGGUGGCUCAAUCGUUUUGAUAAAGAAGGCACUGUUGAGACAAGGGAACGUUGCGGCCGCAAAAGAGCUACGACCUCUGAGCAGGAUGAAGCGAUCAUUCGUUUGGCUACACAGACACCUAUAACUGCAGCGAAAGCUGUUCUACCAGCACUGGGAUUGUCCUGUUCUGUCGAUACCGUCAGAGAAAGACUUCAUAAAGCUGGAAUACACAAUUGGAGCCCUUCACGGAAGCAUAUGCAAAGAAUUCCUUUAGGCAGUGAAGCGGAUAGCGUGGUGAUUCAACAAUCUGUAUGGCGGCCAACUGGCACACAGUUAGGAAGGAAAAAGUCUUCCAAAGAAAGAAGCAAAGAGAAAAAAGGUACAACUGUAAACAAAAGGAAAACCCUUUCAAGGAAAACCAAGUCUAAAGAUCUGUACAUCGGUGAUGGUGCUCCGACCGAGGCCUUGAGACAACCCAGUAUACAACCUGCGUUUGUAUUUCCUUCACAGCAGAAUGUUCAGCAACCACAAACUAACAAUUUACAAACAUCUAGUCAGGCUAUACAGGCGAGUCCAAUACCAUUCAGUAGCGAUCUCACUCUCGCUCAGCAACCUGUCUACCAACAUCCUGUCCUCAAUGUUGCACAGAACUGGCCCCUGGAUCUUGUUCAAGGCAGCCAUCAUUAUCCACAGGGGCAACCCAAUGCUGUAACUCACGAACAUCCUCAGCGUCAACAACAGCUACAGGAACUUCAUACUCAACAAGAACAACAACAACUGCAAGAACAGCAGAUUCAAGAACAUUCCAGACAACAUAAUUCCCACCAUCAGAAUAUUGAACCACAACAACAGCAUCAACAACAAUCCCAACAGCCAUCAGAAGGGCUUAAUCAACAGCAGCAGCAGCAGCAAGCAUCUCAAGCCAAUUUAUCGCCAACACAUCUCGAAGCGAAAAUUUCGAGAAUCGAUAGUUGUUCAAACUCGAGUAAUUCAAUCAGCAAUGGUCAUGUAUCUGAUGAAGAUGGAGAGUUGAAUGAAAAUGCUCUGAAAAAAGAUAAAAGAUCUCUCAAGCAUAGAAAGAAGAAAGGUGGCAAAGCAAAGGGUACUCUGGAAACUAGUGUUGAAAUUAGGAAUCGAAUGAUCGGGAUGUCGGAAGCAGGACUGUCAACCUUGUCCAUAGCAUUGGCUAUCAACAGAUCGGAACGGACGGUAAAACGAUGGCUAGAAAGAUGGCACAAGGAAGGCAAUGUACAAACAAAAGAACGCAAGGGUCGACGACGUAUAACAACGAAAGAACAGGACGAAGCAAUAAUUGCAAUGGCCACUCAACACCCCUUGACUGCAGCAAAAUAUGUUGCACCAGCAUUAGGUUUGAGGUGUAGUGUCGAUACAAUUAGAGAACGGCUACACAAAGCUGGGAUUCACAGUUGGAAACUUGGAAAGAAACAAGGAGAGGGAAAUGCAGUGCAUACUGUUCAUUUAUGGCAACCAAGCGGUAAUCGCCCUAAUAAACCAAAACUACCUGGAGAAAAAAAGAAAAAAUCCUCUGGUGAUAAGAAAUAUAAACAAUCGACUAAUGAGACAAUAAAACGGGCUUCUCGAAAGAAGAAAGUAGAACCGGCACCAUUGAAAGUCAUUCCCCAGCCAGCAAAUAUGAUCACUGAACAGAACACCAUGCAAUUCCAUGAGCCUCCAAUGGCAACUUAUGUUUCAGGCCCUAACAUUAUGCAUCCAGUGGAAGACAUGUCUGCACCUCAUCCAUCAUCGCAUCCACAGCGACUGCCUAUGGUAGAAUCGCAAGUUCCUCCCGUUUCACAACCCAUGCAACCUAUGGGACUACUAAUGCAGCAGAGAUCAGAUUGCAGACUAGCUCAAUCUGUUGUGGGACCCUCAGUUUCCAGUCAGGGAAACCCUGCUGUUGCCUAUCCUCCUUGUAUGGUUGGGACCAACACCCACACAAAUCAUAUUGAGCAGCCAGAUCCAUUAAACUACGAACCCUAUAUGUGGAACUUCUAGGCCCAAAAUUCCAAGCUAUGCGCAUAUUACCUGUACAAAUAUCACCAAGAUCACUAGCACCAUAUUUUUUUUUCUUCAUACUUUGAUUCUCCGUACAUUACGUUACUUGUAAUUUACGACUUCAUUUUACUACUUCCAUCAAAUUU